AUGAGGUUCCAAGUCUUAUACUCUGUCUGGCUCGGCCUAGCUGCCAUAGCGGUUGCUAGGAACAUUCCUAUGCCUAAGCUGGCAAGACAGGCCAACGACUGCGAUAUUUCUACACAUCUCCCAGCCGAAUUCAGCAUCUUAGACUUCAAGGGCCAAUCGACCGACAGCGGUGAAACUCUCACGUCAUUCAAUUUUGGCUACUUAGAAAAGACGAAUAACGUCACAACGCAAUGCCAUUUCAACUCCAGCUCGGAGAACGUCGGUCCUCCCGACAGGACUCCCAGGUUCGCCUGCGAAAACAAAAUUACCAAGUUCAUAUACCAGGAUCAGAGGAUCACAUUGAUCCAGGCCAUUUGUCCCGACGCUAACGGCGAUGCCCUCGUUGAAGCGUCUGGGGCGGCUGUCGUCGAACUUGAAUGUGACGACGCCGACCUGAGCACGAAUUCCACUGAUGGGAGCGAGCUCUGCAAGUCGAAGGAGGCAGAGUUUUCUGGGAAGUUCUUCAGUCUUAGCCCGGUACCUCCCAACCCGAAUGCAGGUGCCGUAUAA